UGGUGCGGUGGGGCCGGUACCGGAAGUGUGCGGUUGCCAUGUAAUAUCCUGGAAUCGCGGGCGCGCAAGUAGCUGAGGCGGCGUCGGGGCGGGCGCGGAGUUGGCCAGCGGGUGGUGGAGGCGGCGCCGAUAGGGGCCGCCGAGGCACGAGAGGGAUUGGCGGCGCCCGGGAAACCUGAGGCUUGAGCGGGGCCUGCGGUUUACUCAGACCGGGCGGGAGGCCCGAAAGCGGGAGGCAGCAUGUCGGUGGCGGGGCUGAAGAAGCAGUUCUACAAGGCGAGCCAGCUGGUCAGUGAGAAGGUCGGAGGUGCUGAGGGGACCAAGCUGGAUGAUGACUUCAAGGAGAUGGAGAAGAAGGUGGAUGUCACCAGCAAGGCCGUGGCGGAAGUGCUGGUCAGAACCAUCGAGUACCUGCAGCCCAACCCAGCCUCUCGGGCCAAGCUAACAAUGCUCAACACGGUGUCCAAGAUCCGGGGCCAGGUGAAAAGCCCUGGCUACCCACAGUCAGAGGGGCUGCUGGGCGAGAGCAUGAUUCGCCAUGGGAAGGAGCUGGGCGGCGAGUCCAACUUUGGUGACGCCCUGCUGGAUGCGGGCGAGUCCAUGAAGCGCCUGGCCGAGGUGAAGGACUCUCUGGACAUCGAGGUCAAGCAGAAUUUCAUCGACCCCCUGCAGAACCUGUGUGACAAGGACCUGAAGGAGAUCCAGCACCACCUGAAGAAGCUGGAGGGCCGCCGCCUGGACUUCGACUACAAGAAGAAGCGGCAGGGCAAGAUCCCUGACGAGGAGCUGCGCCAGGCCUUGGAGAAGUUCGAGGAGUCCAAGGAGGUGGCAGAGACCAGCAUGCACAACCUCCUGGAGACCGACGUGGAGCAGGUGAGCCAGCUCUCGGCCCUGGUGGACGCACAGCUGGACUACCACCGGCAGGCCAUGCAGAUCCUGGAGGAGCUGGCCGACAAGCUCAAGCGCAGGGUCCGGGAGGCCUCCUCGCGCCCCCGGCGGGAGUACAAGCCCAAGCCCCGAGAGCCCUAUGACCUGGGAGAGCCUGAGCAGUCCAACGGGGGCUUCCCCUGCGCUCCAGCCCCCAAGGCCACAGCAGCUUCAUCAUCUUUCCGAUCUUCCGACAAGCCCAUCCGGACGCCCAGCAGGAGCAUGCCGCCCCUGGACCAGCCGAGCUGCAAGGCGCUUUACGACUUUGAGCCUGAGAACGAUGGCGAGCUGGGCUUCCACGAGGGCGAUGUCAUCACGCUCACCAACCAGAUCGACGAGAACUGGUACGAGGGCAUGCUGCACGGCCAGUCGGGCUUCUUCCCACUCAGCUACGUGGAGGUGCUCGUGCCGCUGCCCCAGUGAGUCGGCAGCCGCCGUGCCCGCUGCCACCACCACGGGUGUCCCGUGGUCCACUCGGCACCCGGCUCAGCGCCGUUUACACUAGUGCACGUCCACGCGGGGCCGGGCCGGGCCGGGGCUUCCGUCCCUCCUGCUCAGGUGAAGGCGGGCCACACUAAGGUGCUCUCGGAAACACUAAAGUUGCUCCCCUCCCUCCACCAAGCCCCUCGUCCUCAUCAGGGGCCCGCCCCAGUCUGACUGCCUUAACAGGGCAGAGGGCUGCGCGGGGCCCUGGCCACUCGGCCUGGUGUUCAGCCCCCUCCCAGCCCGUUGCUGGCGAUGGGCCACAGCCUCUCUUGGGACUCCCCAGGCACCUGUGUCCCCUGCCCUGCCUGCACAUACACCCCUUUCUGGGGAGCGGGGGCCCCCACCUCCAGCCUCCCCCCAGCUCUCCCUGUGGCCGGGGACCAGACUGCAAGGCACCGCCAGCUCCUACCCGAUGUCACCUGGCCUGGUGUCUGCAGCACAAGAUGCCACCACCAGCUGCAGGGACCACCGCCCAGCUUCCCCCCAAGGUCAAGCACAAAAGCUCUGGAGAGCGAACGUCCCCGAUCCCUGCUGCCAGCACCUUCUCCCUGAGCUGCCCUCAGCCGUGUCAUCUGGGACUCUCGCUCCUCCAGGAGGAGGCGGCUGGCAGGGUCCCCACACCUCGGACCCCCACCCUGCUUUCCGCUUUCUCUCCUGAUCCAAAGGCUGACUGGGGGGACUCGGGCUGGCCACGUUCACAUUCCUUCCACCAGGGACCCACACAGGCCCUGGGCCCCAGGCUCCGGCCUUCCCCUUGCCCCCUCAUCACCAUCACACGGGGUUUGUGCCCCGGCCUGGCUUGUGGUCCAGGCCAAAUGGAUAUGUACUCCUUUUUUAAAAAGUAUUAAAUGUCUCUUUCUACAA